AUGACAACGGCGAACGGAGGCAUUCAAACUCAAAUUCCAACAUUACUUGGGCAAAACUAUUACCACUGGCACAUACAAAUGAAGGUGGUGUUGGAAUCACAAGAUUUGUGGACAAUCGUGGAAGAAGGAUACAAUGAAAUUCCAAACGAAGCGUCUAAAAACGAUCGAAACAUUCAUAAAGAAAAAGUCAAGAAGGAUAAGAAGGCACUGCACAUUAUCUUUCAAGCAGUUAACGAGAUUGUUUUCGAACGAAUCGCGACAUGCAAAAUUUCUAAAGACGCAUGGGAUGUUCUGCAUAAGGCAUACAGAGGGGAACACACAGUGAAAACGGUAAAACUUCAAACUCUGAGAUGUGAAUUCGAUGCCCUAAGAAUGAAGGAGAACGAAAUGAUAGAAGAAUAUAUAAAUAGAACGACGAUUAUAGUAAACCAAUUACGUUUAAACGAUGAUGUUGAUACAUGGUUGUGGACGCGACUCGACUUGACGCAUGUCGGCUCGAGCAACGACUUUCCUCUGUCGUGUGCAAGAAGACUUCAAGAAUAUUGGGCCAAGACAUAA